AUGGAUGAGUCCGAUCAAGAUGAACCUCCUUCUGUUCCUUUUGCGGCACUGGCGGCUACUUCCUCUGACAAGAUUGAUCCAAAUUGGUACAGCGACACAAGCGCCACUGAUCAUAUCACCAGUGACUUGGAUCGUCUCGCUGUGCGUGAACGCUAUCAUGGAGGUAAACAAGUUCAAGUCGGCAAUGGAGCAGGGUAUAAGUGUCUUGACACCGAUUCUGGUCGUGUCUGUAUUUCUAGAGACGUCAUAUUUGAUGAGAAUGUUUUUCCAUUCAAGAGAGCCCCAACUAAUUCUUCCCCAACCUUGCCGCCGACGCACAAUGCCCUUGAUUUGUGCACCUUGCAUUUGGGUAGCAGCAGUACUAAUUUGGAUAAUGAUCAUAAGCAUAUAUCUGUGCCUACUAACUCUUUGGAUGCAAAAAAUCUUGUGCCCACAUCAACUUCGAAAUUGCCGCAGCAAUCCUCCGCGUCGCUGUUGUGCAAAUCGGCGUUGGAUGUUUCGCCAAUGAUUGCGGCCUCGGAUCCUCUGCCAGCAGAUGAUAUUUCACAAUGUCCGGUCGGAUCCGUAGCCGCUGGUCAACCGACUCUUGUAGCACUGACUGCUCCCCUGCAACAGCUGUUCCUCCUUGUGCUGGUCUUAACGUUAUUGAUUGCAAAUGAGUUUUCAAACUCAAGCAAAAAGCUAGAUGACUCUAUUGAUUGCUACAAAGCACGCCUGGUUGCUAAAGGGUUUAAACAGCAGUAUGACUUUGAUUAUGAUGAUACCUUUAGUCCAGUUGUUAAGCCCACUACCAUUCGACUCUUAUUAUCUCUUGCUAUUUCUCGUGGUUGGGCUAUUCGGCAGAUUGGUAUUCAAAAUGCUUUUCUUCAUGGCUUUCCUAAUGAAGAUGUUUAUAUGAAGCAGCCCCCUGGAUUUGUGGACUCUCAACGUCCUGGUUAUCUCUGCAAGUUGGAUAAGUCACUUUAUGGCCUUAAACAAGCUCCGCGUGCCUAG